GGGUGAACGUGUUCUCUGGAAAGUACUGGAGAAGGUUCAAGCUGUUCAGGAUGGGGGACUGCUGCUUGUCAAAUGAAGACAGAGAAAGGAUCAGGAUUCACCAAUUGAUAGAGAGACAGCUUAAGAUGGAUAAGCGGAAUUCAUCCCGACAGCUGAAACUUUUGCUUUUAGGUACAGGGGAGAGCGGGAAGAGCACUUUCAUAAAGCAGAUGAGAAUCAUACAUGGCAGGGGCUACACAGAAGAGGACAGGAGGGCCUAUGCCAAACUGGUGUUCCAGAAUAUCUUUGUUUCCAUUCACAACCUGCUUCAAGCAAUGGAGCACCUGAAUAUCCCUUUUGCUAAUGAAAAAAACAAAACAUAUGUUGCAAUGCUUAACAGUGUGAUCCCAGAAACAGUACAUACACUGGAGCCUAAACAUGCUGAAGCCAUCAAGAGUGUGUGGAGAGACCAAGGCCUGCAGAAGUGCUUUGAACGCAGGAGAGAGUUCCAGUUAUCAGACUCUACCAAGUAUUACCUCGAUGACAUUGACAGAAUAUCUUUAGCCAAUUACUUGCCCACGACUCAAGAUAUCCUGCGAGUCCGAAUUCCAACUACAGGCAUCAUUGAGUACAUCUUUGACCUCCAGACAGUCAUAUUCAGAAUGGUGGAUGUUGGAGGCCAAAAGUCAGAGAGACGGAAGUGGAUCCAUUGUUUUGAAAACGUUACUUCCAUCAUCUUCCUGGUGGCUCUGAGCGAGUACGAUCAGGUCUUAUAUGAGUGUGCCAAUGAGAACCGCAUGGAGGAGAGUAAGGCCCUUUUUAAGACAAUCAUCUCCUACCCCUGGUUUCAGGAGUCCUCUAUCAUCCUCUUCCUCAAUAAAACAGAUAUCCUGAAGGAGAAGAUCUCAAAGUCACAUCUUGUAGACUAUUUUCCAGAAUAUAAAGGCCCGAAAAAUAAUGCAGAUGCUGCAAUGAAGUUCAUCUUGAGUAUGUAUGAGGAGCAGAACAUGGACACACAUAAAAGGAUCUAUGCACAUUUCACCUGUGCAACCGACACUGAAAAUAUCCGCUUCGUUUUUGAAGCAGUGAAGCACACCAUUCUGCAGAACAACCUGUCCGACUUUAACUUAUUGAAUUAAAUAACAAAAGGGCUUUUAUAUAUGGUUAUAUUGAAAGUUUUUCACCUCUGAUUCAGUGAGAAUAUUAAUGUGAUCUGUCUGUGAGUACUGGGAUUAUGGCAAAGUGCAUUCUGUGAAUUUAGCAUGUAGCCUACUUGCGUUGCCUUGAAAUGAAAGGUAUAGUCCACCCAAAAAAGAAAUAUCAAAUUUUGUGUUUUGCAGAAGAGAGAAAGUCACACAGGUUGGGAAAAAAAUAUGAGGGUGAGUAUAACAGAAUUUUGUCCAUUUAAAAGUUGUCUAUUUAAAUUUGUUGCUAGGGACAACAUGUAACAGACAUUACAUUAUGCUUUAUAGGCCCAGAAUAGAAAAAAACCCAAAUAAAUUAAAUUAAUAAAAAUUUUUAUGACAACACACACACACACAAAAAAACAACAAUUCGGGAAUGAUUAUUAUAUGACAUUUCCGACCCUGCCAACGUCCCAUCCAUAACCUAUCCAUAAACUUACUAAAUCUACUCCAAAGACAAACCUUAAAACCUGUGGUAUCAGAUUAACAGUAUAGGUUAUAUAUUUUCAUGUGGCCAUCUUAGUGAAUAUCUGCCAUAUUAUCUUCUAUUACACAAGAUUUGAAUGAAAUAUGAAUUAAGACAGGAUGCCAUGACAGACUUUGAAUCCAUGCAAAUCAAUUGUAGCCACUGUCUUUGCUAUUCAAAUAGUUCCCCAACACUUGCACGGAUACAAGAAUGAUACUUCAGUACAGAUAGUUUCAAGUUUCUACUUUCUAAAUAACACGUGUUGAUAAAUAUUUACCGUAUGUAAGGAAACAACUUGAUUCUUUAGGUAGAAGCUAAUCUGAUAUAUGUGACACUUUAGUAUGCCAUUAAAAUGUUAAUUAUUUUUGCAACAGAUGCAAUACAGUAUGUUAGUGAGCCGAAAUAAAACAUACACUAUGUGUGUCAAAACAUGCCAUCACAUUCUUGAUUGAAAUCUUUAAUCAAAAAUUUCCAUCUAAAGUUCAUUGCAUGAAUACAUCACAAACAUCACAAACAAGAUAAAAGUGCUGAUUUUCUUCCAUGCUACCUUUAUGUCCUUAAAGAUUUUGUGAAAAUCUUACAGUAUAGCUCAGCAGUUUUCUGUUCUUUGACUAGAGAAAAAAACUGAUUUUCUUGUAUUAUUUAUAAAUUGUUAGUAACAAAAAUGGACAAAAAUAAAUAAUGUGGGAAAUAGUAAGCAAGAUAAAAACCCAGUGGGGACACCAGCAAGAUUCCCUUCCUUUUCUAACAGCAGUCUGUCCAUUUGCACAGUCUUAUUGUUUUUCUUUUCUGUAUUAAGUUUUAAAAAAUUUGUAUACAAUUAUGAUUGUAUGAUUUUAACUGUGAAUCCACAAAAAAAGCAUUAAAAUGUGUGUAUGUGUU